AUGUGGGACUCGCUCACCCACGUGGACCUGGCCGACCGAGGCCCCUCUGGCCCCGCCCUCCCAGCCUUAGGGCUGCGGCCCCAGUGGCAGUUGGGCCGUGAAGUCAUCGAGUUCUGCCGAAGAAAGGCUCUGGAGCAGCCCUGCUGCCGACAGCUGCGCCGGCCUUCCCAGGGAAUUCUCCCCAACACCCAGCCGCGGGCCACCACAGGGGUUGGGCAGCUGGUGACGGACGCCAUGUCAGCUGCCCAGUUCCUCCUCAUAGGGCUGGCAGACAGCCCCUCGUCCGAAGCGUCGCCCCUCUCUCAGCUGAGCAGCCCCACUGUGGAAGACCUGGACCUCCUCCUGGCCAGCCCCCAGCCCUUGAGCCCAGGGGACAUCUCGGAGCAGUGUGGCUCAAGCCACCUGCUUGUGUCCAACUCCUUGGGGCCUGAGCAGGGCACUGCCAAGUGCUGGCUUCAGCUGGAGCAGCGGGUGGCCGCCUUACAGGCCGAGGUGGCAUACCUGCGGGACCACAAGGAGCGCUGUGAGCAUGCCACACUGAGCCUGCUGCGGGAGCUGCUGCAGGUGCGGGGCCGCCUACAGCUGCAGGACUCCGAGCUGAAGCGGUUGCAGCUGUUGAUCCAGGCCCCUGAGAAGGAAAUGCUGGAGCUCCACGGUCCCCAGAACCAGAUGCAGACCCUGGAUAAGAGGCUGGUGGAGGUCCGGGAAGCUCUGACUCAGGUCAGGAGGAGGCAGGCACUGCAGGACACGGAGCGGAAGGGUGCCGAGCAGGAGGCCCGGGGCAGGCUGGCCAAGCUGACUACUCUGCUGAGGCAGGAGGAGCAGGCUCGGGAGGCAGCCUGUACCAGUCUGCACAGGAGCCAGGAAGACAUCGGCCAGAGGGUGGACGAGCAGGCGGCCAGGAUACAGGCGCAGGUGACCAAGCUCGGUGAGGAGAUGAGUCUGCGGUUCCUCAAGAGGGAAGCCAAGCUCUGCGGCUUCCUGCAGCGGAACUUCCAGGCCUUGGAGCAGAGGGUGAAGGCGUCCGAGAGCGCGCGGCUGAAGGCCGAGGACAGCCUGCGCGAGGAGCUGGACGGCCGCUGGCAGAAGCUGCAGGAGCUGAACGAGGAGCGCGCGCAGGCACAGCGCGAGCAGGAAGGGGGCCGCCUGCUGGCACAGUGCCGGGGCCUGGAUACCGCCGUGGUCCAGCUCACCAAGUUUGUGCGGCAGAACCAGGUGUCCCUGAACCGCGUCCUCCUGGCAGAACAGAAAGCCCGGGACACCAAGGCGUGUGCAGAAGAGAGCCAAGCUGGGGAGUUGGCCUCCUAUGUGAAGGAGGGCUUGCAGGCUGUGCGACUGGCUGGGGAGCGUGCGCAGCAGGAGACUCAGAGUGCACUAGAGCUGCUCCGUGUGAAGAGCCAGGCCCUGGAGCAGGCUACAGCCGACCUGGGACUGCAGGUCAAGGACCUGAGUGACCACUGCCUGGCCCUGGGCUGGCGGCUGGAGCUGCAGGAGCAGACCCUGGGCCUGAGGCUGGCGGCGGUACAGACAGAAUGGGAGGGGGCAGGACGGAAGUCCCUGCAGGACCUGGCCGUGUGGCAACAGCAGGUCGCCGGGCAGCUGCAGGAGCUGCGGGAGAAGUUGGAUGGCUUCCCGCUGCAGAUUGAGGAUAUUUCAGACAAGUGCUGCCUGCACAAGAAUGACUCGGACUUGAAGAUCUCAGCGGAAGUCAGGGCCAGAGAGCUGGAGGUGGGGGCUAUGCGGCAGGAGCUGGCCACCCUGCUGUCAUCCAUGCAGCUGCUGAAGGAGGACAACCCAGGCCGCAAGAUUGCCGAGAUCCAGGGCAAGCUGGCCACGUUCCAAAGCCAGAUAAUAAGGCUGGGAGACAGUGUCCAGGCCCAUAAGACCUUGCAGAACCUCAAGUUCAACGCAGAGACCAAGCUGCGCACAGAGGAGAUGAGUGCACUGCGGGAGAGCGUGCUGCGCCUGUGGAGCGAGGAGGGCCCCUGGGCGCUGACACUGGGCAGCAGGCGGCUGCUCAUGUCCCUGGUGAGGCAGCGGUUCUUCAUCAAGGACCUGGAUCCCAGUGAACCGGCCCCUGUGAACCAGUGGGGCGUGUACCAGGCCGUGAGGUGGCUGCAGUGGAAGUCUGUCCUCGUGAAGCAAGUGCCCCAGCGGAGGCCAGCAAGAGGCAGCUCCGAGGAAGGUGGCAGCCGGGAGCCUGUGGCCCUGCCCACCCGCUUGCCCCAGUCCCAGAAAUAAAUGCUAGCUCUUAGCUCCUA